CAAAAGCCCAGUACUAGCCGGGACUCUCAACUGUCCAGGGCAAGCCUGGGCGGGUGAAGAGAACCGAGCCCCGUAGCCCUCGGCUGGGAGAGGUGCUAGGUCACCGGUCCUGGCAGGGGCUAGCCCUCCGGCCAGAGCUUGCACCAGGUGGGCAGUCACCCCCUACUCCCCGCCCAGCCCAAACCUUUCCGCUCUGAGAGGCGCGCCUGGGUCGCUCUUGGUUGGCUGCGCGAGUCCCGGAGUUAAAACUUUCAGCCAAUGAAAAGGUGCCCGAGGCGUGACGCACGGAAACGUCACGGGAAUUCCCCCCUCCGGGGGGCGGAAAGGGGGCUUUCCCCGUUGGUGUCCUGGUAACUGGAGUAGUGUCUCCACCCAUCCGAGGCGGGUCGGACGCUAAUAGUAGACGGAACCAGAGUCGUCGCCACGCCCAGAGUCACGUUCUCGGGGCAGCACCCUAGGGCCCCCAACUGGGAAGAACCCCCGCCUACAGGUCAUUCGAAGAGGAGGCCUUCCGACAGCAGGAAUGUCCCCCCAAAAGCCCCUGGGGUGAAUCAGCCGUGGCCUCCCUCCUGGCAGAAAAUCCCAAGGUUACUCCAAGCCAGAGGAGCGCGGGACGGGGUGGGGCGGACCUGGACUCAGACUGAGCCUCUAGGGCCGCGAAAGACCUUCUGUCCGCGGCGCCUGCCCUGGAGGGAGGAGGAGACCUAACCCCCAUCAGGGCUUGCCCGGUUCUCCGUGCCCUUUGCGGGUGGACAGGCAGUCGGUGCCCACAGCCUGUGAGAGCCUCCAGCCCCUCCCGCCCCGGGGGCGGGACCAUUGGCGUCAUUUCCAGGCCCGCCCCCUCCGGCCCCGCCUCCUCUGGUAUUUUCGGGACUUUCCUAAACUGCUCUAACUUUCUGCCCCUUCACUGGCCCAGCCCAGCUCCGGAUCUCGCUCUCCACCGGAUCUUACCCGCCACACCCGGACAGGCGACCGGAGGAGAUCGGACCCUCCCCCAAAUCUGGGCACCCCUUUUCCUCCCACCCCUAUCCUGAUUUAUUCCCUACCCGCCACCCCCUCCCCCCCCCCCGUCACCCUCCCUCCACACACACCUUAGGCGGGAGCCUAAAACUCUGAGAAGCAGAACCAGGGGCCGAAGCCACCAGACAGAGCACCAGACAGAGCCGGGCCUAGCCCAGAGACAUGGACAGUUGCUACGACCCAGGUCUGGAUGGUAUUGCUGAAUAUGAUGAUUUCAAAUUCAGUCCCUCCGUUGUGGAACCCAAGGAGCCAGUCCCCGAGACAGCUAAUGGCCCCUACCUGGUGAUUGUGGAACAGCCUAAGCAACGUGGCUUCCGAUUUCGAUAUGGCUGUGAAGGUCCUUCUCAUGGAGGCCUGCCUGGUGCCUCAAGUGAGAAGGGACGGAAAACCUAUCCCACUGUCAAGAUCUGUAACUACGAGGGCCCUGCCAAGAUUGAGGUGGACCUGGUAACACACAGUGACCCACCUCGUGCUCAUGCCCACAGCCUGGUGGGCAAGCAGUGCUCAGAGCUGGGAGUCUGUGCUGUCUCUGUGGGGCCCAAGGACAUGACUGCCCAAUUCAAUAACCUGGGUGUCCUGCAUGUGACCAAGAAGAAUAUGAUGGAGAUUAUGAUACAAAAACUUCAGAGGCAGAGGCUCCGCUCCAGGCCCCACGGUCUUACAGAGGCUGAGCGGCGGGAGCUGGAGCAGGAGGCCAAAGAGCUGAAGAAAGUGAUGGAUCUGAGUAUUGUGCGUCUACGCUUCUCUGCCUUCCUUCGAGCCAGUGAUGGCUCUUUUUCCCUUCCCCUGAAGCCAGUUAUCUCCCAGCCCAUCCAUGACAGUAAGUCUCCAGGGGCCUCAAACCUGAAGAUUUCUCGAAUGGACAAGACAGCAGGCUCAGUACGGGGUGGAGAUGAAGUUUAUCUUCUUUGUGACAAGGUGCAGAAAGAUGACAUUGAGGUUCGGUUCUAUGAGGAUGAUGAGAAUGGAUGGCAGGCCUUUGGGGACUUCUCUCCCACCGAUGUUCAUAAACAGUAUGCCAUUGUGUUCCGGACACCUCCCUAUCACAAGAUGAAGAUUGAGCGGCCUGUAACGGUGUUCCUACAACUGAAACGCAAGCGUGGAGGGGAUGUAUCUGACUCCAAACAGUUCACCUAUUAUCCUCUGGUAGAAGACAAGGAGGAGGUGCAGCGGAAGCGGAGGAAGGCAUUGCCUACCUUCUCCCAGCCCUUUGGAGGUGGCUCGCACAUGGGUGGAGGCUCUGGGGGCUCUGCUGGGGGUUAUGGAGGAGCUGGAGGAGGAGGUGGCAGCCUCGGCUUUUUCCCCUCCUCCUUGGCCUACAGCCCCUACCAGUCCGGCGCGGCCCCAAUGGGCUGCUACCCGGGCGGCGGGGGCGGGGCGCAGAUGGCCUCCUCCGCGCCGUGUGUGGAUGCUACGGAGGAAGCGGCAGAGCCAAGCGCGCCCCCUGGAAACCCAGAGGGCGAACCACAGGCUCCGGACGUCCUGCUGCGAGCUCGGGAGUACAACGCGCGCCUGUUUGGCCUGACGCAGCGCAGCGCCCGAGCCUUGCUCGACUACGGCGUCACGGCGGACGCGCGCGCGCUGCUGGCGGGACAGCGCCACCUGCUGACGGCUCAGGACGAGAACGGAGACACGCCACUGCACCUAGCAAUCAUCCACGGGCAGACCAGUGUCAUUGAGCAGAUAGCCCAUGUCAUCUACCAUGCCCAGCACCUCGGUGUUGUCAACCUCACCAACCACCUGCACCAGACACCCCUGCACCUGGCAGUGAUAACUGGACAGACAAGGGUGGUGAGCUUUCUGCUACAGGUGGGUGCAGACCCUGCACUGCUGGAUCGGCAUGGAGACUCAGCCAUGCACCUGGCACUGCGGGCAGGUGCUGGAGCCCCAAACCUGCUGCAAGCACUGCUGCACAGUGGAGCUCCCACUGUGCCCCAGCUGUUACAUAUGCCUGAUUUUGAGGGACUGUACCCAGUACACCUGGCAGUUCGUGCCCGAAGCCCUGAGUGCCUGGAUCUGCUGGUGGACAAUGGAGCUGAAGUGGAGGCUGCAGAGCGACAGGGAGGCCGAACAGCACUGCAUCUAGCCACCGAGAUGGAGGAGCUGGGGUUGGUUACACAUCUGGUCACCAAGCUCCAUGCCAAUGUGAACGCCCGCACCUUUGCCGGAAACACACCCCUACACCUGGCAGCUGGAUUGGGAUCCCCAACCCUUACCCGUCUCCUUCUAAAGGCUGGUGCUGACAUUCACGCAGAAAACGAGGAGCCUCUGUGCCCACUGCCCUCACCUCCCACCUCUGGAAGCGACUCAGAUUCCGAGGGACCUGAGAGGGACAUCCAGAGCAGCUUCCGAGGCCACACACCUCUUGACCUCACCCGCAGCACCAAGGUGAAGACCUUGCUGCUUAAUGCUGCUCAGAACAUCAUGGAGCCCCCCCUGACCCCACCCAGCCCUGCAGGACCAGGGCUGUCACUUGGGGAGACAGCCUUACAGAAUCUGGAGCAGCUGCUAGAUGGGCCAGAAGCCCAGGGUAGCUGGGCAGAGCUGGCAGAGCGGCUAGGACUGCGCAGUCUAGUGGACACAUACCGGAAGACAGCUUCACCCAGUGGCAGCCUCCUGCGCAGUUAUAAGCUGGCUGGUGGUGACUUGUCAGGUCUGCUGGAUGCCCUGUCUGACAUGGGUCUAGAUGAAGGAGUGCGACUGCUAAGAGGUCCUGAGACCCGAGAAAAGCUGCCUAGCACAGCAGAAGUGAAGGAAGACAGUGCAUAUGGGAGCCAGUCAGUGGAACAGGAGGCAGAGAAGCUGGGCCCACCCCCUGAGCCACCAGGAGGGCUCUGCCAUGGGCACCCCCAGCCUCAGGUGCACUGAACUGCCACCUGCCCUUCAGCCCUCUUCCUGAACUUCUCUGUACAGCAUCCCUAUCUAGUCCAAAUCUUAUUUAACACCCCAUGCCCACAACUCAGUUGGAGCAAAUAAAAGAUUCUCUGGGAGGACCCCCUUCCCAUCUUAUGGCA